UUUUUAUCCUUCGAGGAAUUGUACCCUAGGUAUAAUAUACUAGGUACCUAUUUUACUGAGUACCAGCCAUAACAAUAUCACCAAUUAAUUAUGUCCCUCUUAAUUAGUUUAUUCAUUGUCUAAUGAAAUCUACAAGGAUAAAUUGUCUAAUGCGGCAACCCAGCAAAUAAGUACCCGAGUCCGAAGUAAGUACCCAGUUACGGAGUUAACCUAACAAAACAAAAAGUUGUUGCCUGUGUUCUGUGUGGUGGUGGUGUUAUCUGUGGCCUUUUAUUUCGAAUAAUAAUUAUUAAUUGACAAUUCUUUUGAAUUAUAAUGCCAAACCAUGUCCAUAAUCGACUCGCGGUUUAUCAUUAAGCAGGGCUACAUGGUAAAAAGGUCGCAAAAUAAGCGGGUUUAUACGUUGGUCAAUUUUAAAAAACGGUGGUUUGUUUUGACCAGGAGACACCUUAUCUAUUACGAUGACGAAAACGAAGCGAAACGUAAAGAAAAAGGCCGAGUGGACUUGGAUCGGGUGCACACAAUCGAAGCAGCCGAACGCUUCUUUUCCAACGAAGAAGUCGGUAUUGAGGGCGAUUUUUAUCCUUUUUUGGUCAGCUACCAUCACGACGAAGACUACACUUUGUUCCUAUUAGCACUGAGGGAUUUCGACAGGAUUUAUUGGAUUUUAGCAAUUAGAAACGUAUGUGCCCAUAACGCCAACGUCCGUAGCUAUUUCCAUCCGGCUCCCUGGAACGGGAGAAAGUGGACUUGCUGCAAAAAUAACACGAAACUAACGGACGGUUGCAGAGAGUGCGACGGUUGGCUCUCGAGCCAGGAGAGCAGUCCUUCCAAGGACAGUUUCAAGGAGAAUUUGAGCAACAAGGAGAAUUGUAACAGUACUCAGUCCAGUCCGAUCAUGCCGGGCGGCGGUACCCCAGGUACGCCAUCGGCGAAACAAAAAGACAAACAGUCCACCCCCAGGCAAAAAGUCGUGGUGGCCUUGUACAACUACAAGGCCAUCGAAACUGGAGACUUGAGCCUCGAAAAAAAUAUGGAGUACGAAGUUAUUGACGACAGUCAGGAGCAUUGGUGGAAAGUUAGAGAUUCUAAAGGGAAUAUAGGAUUCAUUCCGAGCAACUAUGUCAAGGAAAAAGAACUACUAGGUCUACAACAAUACGAGUGGUACGUGAACGAUAUGUCAAGGCAACGGUCUGAAUCUUUACUGAAACACGAAGACAAGGAGGGAUGUUUCGUUGUGAGAAACUCCUCAACCAAAGGAUUGUAUACUUUAUCUUUAUAUACCAAAGUACCUCAUCCGCACGUGAAACACUACCAUAUCAAACAAAACUCGCGUGGUGAAUUUUUCCUGUCGGAAAAACACUGUUGCAACUCCAUACCCGAAUUAAUCAACUACCAUAAGCACAAUAGCGGAGGCCUGGCUUCCAGGCUGAAGACGAGCCCUUGUGACAGACCUGCGCCUGCAACUGCUGGACUCAGUCAUGAUAAAUGGGAAAUAGAUCAUAACGAAUUGAUGCUACUCGAGGAACUGGGUUCUGGUCAGUUCGGUGUAGUUCGUAGAGGCAAAUGGCGAGGUACCAAAGAUGUAGCGGUUAAAAUGAUGAAAGAAGGCACCAUGUCCGAGGAUGAUUUUAUUGAAGAAGCCAAAGUUAUGACUAAGUUGCAGCAUCCCAAUUUGGUUCAGCUGUACGGUGUUUGCAGUAAAAACCGACCAAUUUUUAUUGUAACCGAGUAUAUGAGGCACGGAUCUCUUUUAAAUUAUUUAAGGAAAAACGAACAGAGUUUGUGCACUAAUCAAGGAUUAUUGUUAGACAUGUGUAUACAAAUUUGUAAAGGUAUGGCGUACUUGGAAAAGCAAAAUUGCAUACACAGAGACUUGGCAGCGAGAAAUUGCUUGGUUGGUACGGAGAAUAUUGUUAAAGUUGCUGAUUUCGGUUUGGCAAGGUACGUUUUGGACGACCAGUACACGUCUUCCGGAGGAUCGAAAUUCCCAAUAAAAUGGGCUCCGCCUGAAGUGCUCAAUUACACUAGGUUCUCGUCAAAGUCUGAUAUUUGGGCAUAUGGUGUCCUAAUGUGGGAAGUAUUCACCUGUGGCAAAAUGCCCUACGGAAGACUAAAAAACUCCGAGGUGGUCGACCGGGUGCAAAAAGGCAUCAUCCUAGAAAAACCCAAAGCUUGUUUUAAGGAAGUAUACGAUGUGAUGAAGAAAUGCUGGUCCCACUUGCCCGAGAACCGCCCGUCUUUUCAACUACUCAAAGGCACUUUGAUUAAGGUGUCGCAAGGGAUUUUAGUCGAUUGACUGGCGCGAUUCGUGUGCGACACUGUUGUGAGAGGCGACAGCAGCCCUUCCUGUAGUUCUCAACAGCAGGACGGCUACGAGGAGGCUUGGCUCGGUAUCUGUAGGACUCUGUGCAGAGAGGCGGGCAGGACAAAAAAAAGAACACCCAACUAUGAGGUUCCAUAAAGGGUUUGUGUGAUUUGAAAUCAAAGCAAAGUUGAAUUAUUUACUGCAAAAUUUCAAGUAUCUAAUAUUUAGAUUACUCAAAAAAUCAACAGACUGAUUAAAAAACUAUAACAGGAAUUAUUCAACUUUAGGCAUUUUAUUGGCAAUUAAUUAAUUAUAGGUACCACUGGCAGAAUGUUAUUGAUCUUUGGCAGAAAAAUUAUUGACAAUAAUUGAAGCACCAGUGGGGCCAAAACAACAGUGUAAUCUAAAAAGCCACUGCCUACCAUUGUAAUACAUUUAUUUUUUCAAUAAUAAAAUAUAAGUAACUGUCAUUCAAAUGUAAUCAUUCCCCCAUUAGAUCAUUAGAUGUUAAAAGAGUUUGUGUAUUAUGUACAUUAUAAAUUACAACCCUUGGGGGUAAAUUGAAGCAAUGCAUUUUCUGUUUUUUGUAAUUUACGAGUGGGAACCUUUUUCGUGCCAAUUCUUUUCUAGCUAAAUUAAUAGUGACAUACAUAAUGGGAUUUCAUAGGGUUUUAGAUUUUACCGAACCGGGAAUUCCGCAUUUUAGUUUAUAAAAAUCGGUGUGAUAAAAAUAUUAUAUAUUUAAAUCUUUUACUCUUUACUAAUUUUUAAAAGUUUCCUGUACUAACCUAUUUUUUAUAUUUUCUUUAAUUUUAUGUAUUUUGUGAUUGAAACUUGUACUGAUAAUAUAUUCGUUUUUAAGGUCUACAAUUUAACUUCGUAUAGACUUUAGAAUAGAAAACAAAACAAAAAAAAAAUCCCGGAUUCUCCUUUGUACUUUGCUAUGAAAUGUUUUUUUUUAUAUAUAUUAUAAAUUUAACUGAGUUUUUAUAGAUUUUAUGUAUAUUAACUCUAGGAUUUAAUUAAUAAAAAUUGUAUUUAAAGAGGCGUUUUAUUUCUAAACUAAUAAAUCAUCUAAAAUACUACUUUAUCUAAUCCUUCGACUUCAGGCGGAUUAUCGACUUCUCCUUUAAUUUGAAUUGAAUUGAUCCUCAGGAAGGUUUGUGGAAUUUUAUAGACUGAAAAAAAAAAUUACAAUAACUCAACCGAUAGAUGAGAAAACUUU